UUUUGGCAUCAUGGAAGAAAGAAAAUUCUUUCUUUGGCAAUUGGCAUCAAAGUGAAAUCGUUUUACAAGUCAAGUUGUAUCUGUAUUUCUGUAUAUCGAACGUUGUUUCUUGGUUUGUUAAAAUAAAAUGAAAAUUAUGGAAUCUAUUAUGAAGUCCGAGCCAAGGGAAUCAGAAGAAAUGGCAUCUGUUAAAGAGGAAAUCGACAUAGAAUACAGCAUGUCCUGGCUUGACAAGCAGGAGAUUCCGGAUGAGGAACAGGUGUCUCCAUCAGCUGGUAGUUGUGGUGAUUCCUCUGAAGAAGAAGGAGGAGGAAACGAAAACUGUGAAUCACAAGAUGGAAACAAUGAACCGGUAGUAGAAACACAACCUAAUCGAAAUCGAGAUGUCAUAGAGCUAAGUGAUAGAAAUCCAACACUCAAAACGACAGUUACAAAGCCUCAUCAGUGUUCAGUCUGUGCAAAACGAUUAUCUCAGAGUCGUAAUUUGAAUGCCCACAUGCGUACUCACACCAAAGAGAAACCUUACCAGUGUACAGUCUGCACAAAAAGUUUCUCUAAAUCUUGUAAUUUGAAUGUUCACAUGCGUACGCACACCAAAGAGAAACCUUACGAAUGUACAGUGUGUACAAAAAGUUUUUCUCAAUCUAAAAGUUUGAAUGACCACAUGCGUACUCACACCAAAGAGAAACCUUACGAAUGUACAGUGUGUACAAAAAGUUUUUCUCAAUCUAACAGUUUGAAUAACCACAUGCGUACUCACACCAAAGAGAAACCUUACGAAUGUACAGUCUGUAUAAAAAGUUUUUCUCAAUCCAGUCAUUUAAAAGACCACAUGCGUACUCACACAAAAGAGAAACCUCACCAGUGUACAGUCUGCUCAAAAAGUUUCUCUCAAUCUAGUCAGUUGAAUGUUCACAUGCGUACUCACACCAAAGAGAAACCUUACGAAUGUACAGUGUGUACAAAAAGUUUUUCUCAAUCUAACAGUUUGAAUGACCACAUGCGUACUCACACCAAAGAGAAACCUCACGAAUGUACAGUGUGUACAAAAAGUUUUUCUCAAUCUAACAGUUUGAAUGACCACAUGCGUACUCACACCAAAGUGAAGCCAUAGCUUUAUACAGUCUGUACAAAGAGUUUCUCUCGGUGUGAUCAUUUGUAUCACUGCUUACUCACAGCAUAGAGAGGCCUUAAAAGUGUACAGUUUGUACAAAGUGCUUCACUGUGUCUUGCAAUUUGAAUCUUUAUUUGUUGAUACCCAAGACUUUGCAGAUAUGAGGCACUCUCAUGAGCCUGGUUCCUUCCCUUCCUAAUAAGACUGUUCAGAGGUCGAAAUGUUGAGAAUGUUUGAUACAAAAUAGUAUUUCAAAAAUGAGAUGUCAAAAAUCUCACUUCAAUCCGUUUGUCAACUAUUGCUACAAUGGUUCGUUCACCCCCUUAUACCUUGAAUAACGUUUCCUCCCAUGAGCAGCUUCAUGAAGGUGGAGAUAGUGAUUUGAAGGUGGUAGAUGAGGGGGAAUGCGCAGGAUGGUCCCGUUCAGAGCAAUUGCUUUGUGGUGAUGGCCAUGAUGGUCUGGCAGGGUAAAAAUUUGACUCCAUGUAAGCGUAGUUAUAACUUCAAAAAUAUAUGUCCUUCAGCCCUGAAAUCCUCAGUACACUUAUUAUGAACCUGCCUUGUAGAGCAAUUAUUAUUCCUAAUAUGAAUAUUAUGUUAGAAAACAUAGGGCCUAAUGUUCACUGGAAAUGUGGAAAUCUAAUAGAUGAUGUCAAGGAGGAUGCUCUUGUUUUUUAUGAAAGACUGUUCAUGUGAUCUGUUUAUCCUUUCUAUGGACCUUUUUUAUAUAAGUUCCUUGCUUUUUCCAUUGUUAUGCAUUUAAUAUCAUCCAAUACAAAGAAAGCCUUGAUAUUUCAAUCAUCAUUCUUUAGAAAAUAAUUCUAGUAUUUUUAUAAUGUUGUAUAGAUUAUAUUUAUUGUUUGUAUAUACAAAAAUUAUUGAACAUUGUUAAUGUAGAAUGAUAAUGAAUAAUAUUAGUGGUUUAUUUCAGUCAAAUCGUUUUCUGUACUAUCCUAAGCCGGUUGCACGUAAGCCUUAAAUUCUAAUCAUGAUUAAGUCCACAAGAACUAAUGAGAGAAGGCUUUUUUGAAAAGAAGACUUCCGCACCUAGUGCCGGUUGCACAACAGCCGGUCAAGUUUGAACAGUUAUUAAUUCCACGAGAACCAAUUAGAGGAGCCAUCUUUUCUAAAACACCUUCUCUGAUUGGUUCUCGAAAAAUUAAUCAAGGUUAAAAUUUAACCGGCUGUUAUGCAACCGGGCCUCUUUUAACCUAAGGCUGUCAAUCAUCUCAUUGUUCAUUUGUAUAAACACUACCAGUCCUGUCUAUUGCCUAAAGCAACGUCUAUUGAAAAAUCAUAUUAUGCAACUUUGACUUUCACCAAAUUUAUAAUACUGAAUCUAAUUUUUUUCAAUUUAUUUAAAAUUAAAUCUAGGCCGGUUACAGAGCUCGACCGAUCGUCAGUGCGUACGUCAGUCGCGCUUGUCUUUUCCAUA